AUGGGCACCAACUCACGUAAGAGAAACCUGUAGUAAAAUAUGGAAUAUACCUUUAUAUAAUUCGUGUUAUCGAACAAUUGUAUCAUUUGAUCAUCGAUAACGAUACUAAUUUGUCAAUGAUUGAGAGUUAUUAUUUCAAUAUUUGAGAGUUAUUAUUUCAACUAUUGUUCUUUUAAUUUUUCUCAUCACAUUUAAAUAUCACGUGAAUAUAAAUUAGUGUCUUCCAGCACUUCGCAAGUAACGGUUGAUUAUGUCGAGACUUUAGAGAUUUAAGUUGGGUAUCAAAAUUAAAAAUCUCCAAGAGAUAUAUAUGUAUAUUUUAUUUUUUCCAAACACAUAUGAGAAAAAUUGUGAAAGAUGGGAUUGCUAUCAUUGUUGAAGCAAUCUAAUGUGAUUUAUAUAAUAUUUGGUAUAACUUUUCUUACAUCAGGGUUGAUUAUCAAUUUCUUCCAAUGUUUUUUGUACUUUGGUCUUCGACCUUUUUCCAGAUAUCUUUAUCGCAAGAUUAAUUACUACCUUUGUUAUUCUUUAUAUAGUCAGUUUGUAUUUGUAGCAGAAUGGUGGGCUGGAUUAGAACUUGUACUUUAUAUGAACAAAGAUGAUUUAGAGAAAUUUAAAAAAGAUCAUAAAUAUGUAAUAAUGAAUCACAGGUAUGAAAUAGAUUGGAUAUGUGGAUGGAUCCUAUGUGAGCGUACUGGAGUACUUGGUAAUUGCAAAGCAUAUGUGAAAAAAUCACUGCAGUAUGUUCCAACAUUUGGUUGGGCAUGGAGAUUUGCUGAAUUUAUAUUUAUGGAAAGAAAUUGGGAGAAGGAUAAAAAAAUAAUUACUUCUCUAAUUAACGAACUUGUAAAUUAUCCAGAUAGUAUAACGCUACUUCUGUGUGCUGAAGGGACACGAGUUACAGCACAAAAACUAGAAGCCAGUCAAAAGUUUGCCCAAAAAGCGGGUCUUCCAAUAUUAAAUUAUCAUUUAACACCGCGAACAAAGGGUUUCAUAGCAAGUUUACCGCAUAUGCGAGGCAAAAUUACUGAUAUUUAUGACAUACAACUACAGUUUAAAUCAGAUGAUCCUAUAAAACCAACGUUAACAAACUUACUACAGGGAAAACAGGUCACAGCAUACCUAAGUAUUUCCAGGAUACCAUUAGACGAAGUGCCAGAAGAUGAGAAAGGUGCUGAAGAAUGGUUACAUAAACUUUAUGAGAAAAAAGAUCGUAUGGCAAAAAGUUUUGAGGAAACAGGUGACUUCUUUGCAAUUAGUGAGGUACCCAAAUUAGAAAGGUCUAUAAUAAAAAAACGAUAUUAUUCACUUGUUAAUAUAAUUUGCUGGACAGUAGUAGUGCUAACACCAAUGCUUUAUUAUUUGAUCAAUCUUCUCUUAUCUGGAUCGAUAAUUUAUUUCUUAAUAGGAGCAAGCAGUAUCCUCUUAAUUUAUCUGCUUAUGCAAAGAAUGAUUGGAAUGUCAAAAAUAAGCAAAAGUUCAUCAUAUGGGACUAAUGAUAAGAAACUUCAAUAAAACGAGGAAGUUAUAAAGGGAAUACAAGUAAGAAGUUAAACGAGCGUUUGUAAAUUAUCAUUUUCGCGUAACGUAUUUCCCGAGACUACGUGUACAAAUCUGUAUGAAGCAUUCAGAGAAGAUUACGAUAAUAUAUGAACUCUAUUAUCGUUUUACUUGUGUUAAAUGGUUGUAAUGAGUAUCAACGUCACAGGUAUACAAUAUCUUGGAAAAAUAUCUUUUUUGUUCAAAAAUGUUUGAGUAUUUUAAAAAAUUAAAAGAUAUAUAUUUAGUAUUGUAGGAAUUUAAUUUUUUUAUUAAAAGUUUAAUAGAAAAUUUUGAACUUGAUCAAUUUAAGACACUUUUAAAUUUUUAGGAUGUAAAAAUAAUUAUUCUAAAAGAAUAUAAAUCUUUAAGAACAUUUCAUAAAAGAUUAAAUUUUGCUACAUUAAAUGCUACUUUAAAGCUAUUUAUUUAGUUUUUACUUUAGUACUUUAAUAUAUAAUUGUUCAACUAUGCACAAAAUAUUAAUUCAAGACUAUAUACAAAUAAAAAUAUAUAAAUAUUAAUUAUUGAAGAAAAGAGAAUUUUUUGAAAGUACACAUUUUACAUUAAGAAUUUUAUUUAAACGGUUUCGAAAAGAAAUGUAUAUUGAUUAUAAGUAGACAGUGGAUAUUCAUGCAGAUGUAUACAUGUUAAGAUCCGUUAAAUUGAAAAAAGUGAAAAACAUAUACAAAAAUUUAUAAAGUGUAUACAUAAUAUACAAAAAGAUAUGCAACUAAUCCACGUGGAGAACAUCUAAAGAAUUUUUUUUCUUGUUUCUAUUAACAAAAUAAAUUUUUGUUUGUAUAUUAUGUCCGUAUUUAUUUUUUAUAAAAAUAUACAUUUGCAUAAAUAUCUGAAGUUGGGUAUGGUGUUACAGUUAAAAUCCAAAUUACUACUACGAUCUUACAUUUAAUGCUAGUUCUAAAAUGUCUUUUUUCAAUACUAGUUUUGAUUAAUUAUUUCGUACGUUAUUAAUCAAAAUUGAUAUUGAAACAAGCGUUAAUGUUAAUAUAAGCGUUGAUUUAAAGUUUUGAAAAUAUUAUUUAAAUAAAAAUAGUACAUGCUUAGUUUUGCAAAAGUCAAGUUUUAAUGGUAUUUUAAUGACGCUUCGUUAAUAUUGAUUUAAAUCAAAAUGAAUAUUAACCAAAAAGUUUUUUAAGUAAUUCCUACAUUGUUAAAAGAAACAUUGAUAUAAUGACGAAUAUUUGAGAAAACUAGUUUUGAUUAAAUA